UCAACCUGUGCUUUGCAUGCCUCCUCAUUUGCAGUCAGGUUUUAAAAAUGGCACGCUUGAUUCUGGUGAAGGAGUCGCUCUCAUAUACAUAUAUACCUAGAUGCCGCAUUGAGCGGUUGUAUGGCAGGCCGUUUUAACAUAAAAUCCGUUUCGUCUGACUAUCCAUAAUUACAUUUUAGAUAUCUAAAAAUGCAUUUUGACUAGACAAAACUACAUUUUGACUAUUCAGAAUGGUAAUUUAAGAUAUCUGCAUUUACAUUCUGACCAGUAAGAAUAAUAAUUGAAGAUAUCUUCAAUUACAUUUUGACAAGUCAAAAUUCCUUUCAAGAUAUCUCAAAUGACGUCACCGGAUUCGCCAUAUAUGGUCGCUCUCGUGACUCCGCUAGUGACGACACUCCAUGGCCAAUCAGUGGCAUGCUGUUCUUCCGCAUUACAUUUUCUAAUUACCUCGGAUUGCUUGGAACCCCAACUGAGUGAGUACUAAAAAAGUACCUGGUACCAGGUACUAAUGGAAACACCUUCAAACCGUGUAGAGGUGAUGGCAGAGGACAAACCAUGGGCUCUCAUCUCACAGGUGGGCGGUCAGGGCUUCAACGAAGAGGUCACUGAUAUAUUAAAACAACACUUCCACAUCAUCUGCCUCAGAGACUUUCUACAAAAUUCCCAGCUGCACGGCCCGAAGAUCCAGGCCAUACUGAUAUGGAACGCCUGCCCUGCAGCUGAGCCUUCGCUGCUCAGCUCGCUUCCAUCACUGAAAGUGGUUGCCAAUGGAGGAGUGGGUAUCGACCACCUGGACGUGCCAUACAUCAACAGUCUCGACGUGAAGGUGACCAACACGCCAGGCGUGGUGAGCAAUGCGACUGCAGAUAUGGCCAUGGGCCUGAUGCUGGCAUCUGCACGGAAGAUAGUUGAGGGUCACAGCAUAGCCGUUGACUCCAAGGUCAUCGAUAUACCACAAAGCCUGAUGGGAGUUGAAGUCACGGGGUCGACCCUGGGAAUCAUCGGAAUGGGACAUAUUGGAUACAAAAUUGCUCAGAGAAGCAAAGGGUUUGACAUGAAGAUCCUGUAUCACAACAGAAACAGAAGGAGCAUUGAAGAUGAGCAGUCAGUGGGGGCAAGUUACUGUGAGAACAUGGAUGACCUGCUGAGGGAGUCCGACUUUGUAGUGCUGGUCGUCAACCUUACUCCUGAAACCAAAGGCCUAAUCGGCCACAGGGAGCUGUCCCUCAUGAAACCCACUGCAACUCUGGUCAACGUCAGCAGAGGUCUGGUUGUGGACCAGGAUGCUUUAGUCAAAGCUCUGCAGUCUGGAACAAUUCGAGCAGCAGCUUUAGAUGUGACUCAUCCUGAACCUUUACCCAGGGAUCACCCUCUCCUCAGCCUCCCUAAUGUGCUCAUCACGCCCCACAUUGGCACAUACACCUAUGCUACAAAAAGACGGAUGGUACAGUGCAUGGUGGAUAAUGCCGUGGCAGCUGUGAAAGGCCUCCCUGUCCCCAAUGAAGUCAAGCUUAAAUGAUUUUAAGUGAUGGCAAAUUGUGUUUUUACUGUUAAGUGUUGAAUUAUUUUUCCUGUUUUCUUCCCUCCUAAAAGAAAUGUGUCACUGAAGACACUUGAAACUUUGCCUUCAAAAUGACUCCUCGGAUCAAAAAUAUCAUCAUUAUGUCAGUUUCUCAUGGCUAAUAAAUGACAGUACCUUG